AUGUUUAUGCCGAAGCAACAUCGUAUCGCCAUCUACAAGCUGCUGUUUGCCGAAGGUGUAAUGGUGGUUCGUAAUCGGGCAAUGAAGAAUCGUAAUCGGGCAAUGCAUAGCGAGCUGAAGCUGGUCUCGAACCUGCACGUCAUCAACACAAUGAAGUCUCUCGUAUCGAGGCAGUUCGUGAAGGAAUGCUACUGCUGGAACCAUCACUACUGGACCCUGACCAACGAGGGCAUCAUUUAUCUGCGCGGCUUGCUCCAUCUUCCGGCGCAGUUGGUUCCCUCGACACUGAUCAAUCGUCCCCGGACGGUUCCGGAUGCUGUGAGCAAGCGCCCGAGUCAACGACCCUCCGAAGAUCGUGAAGUGUAUCGUCGCCUGGAACGUCCGGCAGCGUCCACAUCCUACAAGCGUGAUGAUGCGGGUGCCGGCUCCAAUGAUCUAGUGUUCCGCGGAGGAUUCGGACGCGGAAAAAAGUAA